AUGGCGGGGGAGGGGGCGGCGGCGGCGGCGGCGGCGGCGGCGACCGAGGGGCGGGAAACCGAGGGGAACGGCGGCGGCGGCGGUGGCUACGAUGGCAAGUGCGUGUUCUGCAGGAUCGCCCGCCGGGAGGAGCCGGGCACGGCGCUGCUCCCCUGCCAGUAUGAAGACCUUGUUUGCUUUAGAGAUAUCAGACCUAGUGCCCCCCACCACUAUUUGGUGGUGCCGGUGGAGCACAUGGGGAACUGCAAAACCCUGAAGACAGAACACAUACCCAUAGUGAAGAGAAUGAUGGAAGUUGGAAAAGCUGUUCUCCAGAAAAAUAAUUUUAGUGACUUGACUAAUGUAAGAAUGGGUUUUCACUGGCCUCCAUUCUGCUCAAUAUCCCACUUGCAUCUUCACGUCCUGGCCCCAGCCAGUCAGCUAGGAUUCUUAUCCAGACUCAUUUACAGAAUCAAUUCCUACUGGUUUAUCACGGCUGAACAACUGAUUGAGCGACUGCAAAAUGAAAAUGCUGCCAGUUGAAAGCACUUUUAGCCUUGUGUUGCUAGCCAGUUUGUCUUUCAACUCUGAUUUAAGGCUGUACAGUUUGAUGUUGCCAAUAAUAUACCAGGAUAAAAAAAGCUUUAGAUCCUUAUGAGGAAAAACACACAGAAUUUGUAGCUGCCAACCUAAUUCUCCUAUUUGAAUACUUGAGUCUGUAUACUUCUCUGACAAUAAGGUGAGGUAUUUUAAUUAUAGUUUAGUUAAAUUAGUGUUUGUAUAUAUAUACAUACAUAACACACACAUGUACAUGUGCAAAGAACUUUUGCUAGUAAAAGGCAAGGAAUAGCAGCAGAACGUAUUGCAACUAAGGCAACAAGUUGCUACUAACAGCAGGUACAUGGUACCAAAGGGAAUAUUUGUUGCAGAAUCAAGCUUUUAUUUCAAAGAUGCAUUGUUCUGGGAUUGCAAGUAACAUUUAAAACACUUAAAUUUCCAUCUGUAUUAAUAUGAUAUGUUACUUAGUAAGUACAUUGCUGAAAGUACACUACUAACUUUCUGGUGUUAAGCCACUUUAGUAUAUUACCUGUCUUACUUGCAUGACAGUGACAUAAUAAAUGUUAAUAUAAUAGGUGCCCAAGAUGUGAUAAUGCUAUAUAACACAGAAUAUAGUUUAAAUAUAUGUCUAAGUGGUUGUAUGUUGGACUUAAUGAUUGUUUCCCUCUUAUGUGCACAAAAUUUUAAAUUGGUUAUUGUAUGUUUACAAAACAAUGUGAAGAGUAUAGAAAGGAAUAGAUUUAAUAUACUGCUCUUCUGCAUGGUAGGAAAAAAAUCCAAGUUUUUAGAUGGUUCUGGUAUUGUUCUCACUGGAAGUCCCUUGGAGAUUACUGAUGUCUUGGCUAAAUUUGAUUUAUAAAUGAAGCCAUAAGUGAAACAAGUCUUUAGUGCAGGGAGUAAGUGGCAGGCUUGCAUAAUAGCAAUCAGAUUUUAAUUUGGAAUAGCAGGAACUCAGCCCAAAAUUGGAACGUGUUGUGUUGCUUAAGGAACCUGCUGAACAUUUGCCUUUGCUGUAGGACUAAUCAGUAACCCUAGCGCUCUGUUUUUCAAUACCAUAUUAAGGCAGGCUAUUUGGAAAUUUAAAACUCCAGAAAACACGGAGUGGAUUUUCUCUGUUCACAGAGCGUAUCUCUUGGUGCCUAACUAAACAAGUGUCCUUGGCUGAUGCAUUUAGAUGCAGCUGAGGUGAUGAUGGUCUGUUGCACCUGCAAUCUUCCCUAAACGCCAUCUCAGUGUUUUCCACUGAUCCAGCACUGUUGCCUUAGCAGUAGGAUGUAUUCUAAUAGUCUUACAGUAAACUGUACACAAUACUUCAGGAAAUUUACACCCUUACAAAGAACAACAUUUUCUGCUCAGAAGAGUUUCCACCUCUCUCUUCUGUAAGACUUUGUUUCUAAUAUCUUGUUAUUCUUAUUAGUGGGCACUCACACGUGGUUUGCAGCUCUUUAUGGUUUUAACUUGUACUAUUAGGUAGGAAGAGUGUGAAUUAAAGCCACUGAACUUUGACUACUUGUGUGCAGUGGAGGUUUCACAAAACUGGGAGCCAGCUCAAAUAUCGGAAUAUUAAGAUCUUUCAAGAGUUAAUACUCAGUAAGCAUUCUGAUUUGUAAUUAAUUUAUGUAACUGUACUUAACUGUGACAUCUAAUAUUUAAAUUACCACCAUGAAAUAUUGUCGAAGUGCAUUAAUAAAUAGAAUAAACGCAAAUCUUUGAAUCGUCUUCCAGUGCAAUGGAAUAGCUGGAUGUGGGGGUUGACCCUGGAUAGCCCUUUGCUCACUCUUCACCCCUGACCCCAGUGGGAUGGGAGAGCGAAUAGGAAGCACAAAAGUGAGAAAUCUCCUGGGUCAAGAUACAGACAGUUUAAUAAAUGAAGAGGAAAUAAAAAAACAAGGUAUGUGAUGCAAAGGUAAUCAAUUACUCAUGACCUCCCACAAGCAGGCCAGUAUCACUGGCUGCUCCCACCCUCUAUAAAGAAAACCCACCCCUCCUCAGCUUUUAUUGCUGAGCAUGACAUACAGCGUGGGAUAUCUCUGCUGCUGGUCAGUUGGUGCUGGGUGUGCAGGUUGUGGCCCCCUCCCAGCUUUUUGCCCACUGGAGGGGCACAGCAGGAAAAAGAGACAUCCUUGGCGCUGUACAGGCACUGCUCAGCAGUCGGCAGAACACGGGUGUGUUAUCAGCACUGUCAGCCACAAACACAAAACACGCCACCUUACGGGCUGCUCUGGAGAAAAUUAUCUCCAUCCCAGCCAGUCCCGGUAAGUUGUCAAAUGCACACAGAAGCACAAGGGUCAGCUUUUACACCUUGCACUUGAGAAGGGUCCUGUGAAUGACAGUGAGAGUGGAAAAGUAAAAAUCAGGAUAUAAUCUAGCUUCCAAACCUGCCGAUGAGCAAGAUGGGGAAUUCAACUUGCCUCUUGACAGCAACAGAGAGGCCUCAAACCAGCUCAAGCAAGGAAGCAUUUGGCAGAGCCACGUUAAUUACUGAGAUGAAUGUUCAGUACCUCAUUAGUGUUUUUCAGCAUAGAACUGUGUUCCAUUUUCCUUCUGUAUUGACAAGCAUUCCUGGACUCGGCAGAUAAUUUUUUUAAUUAGGCUGCGAAAUACUUUCUGAAAAGCCUAUCCUAAUCCUUUGAAUAUGUCUCAGAAUUACUGGCUAGCCCCUGGAAGAGGCAGUGGGCAGACCCCAUUAACUAUGUCACCCUCUUCUACAGCAGCUUUAUAGCAUCACUUUAAAUCUUCCAAAGUCAUCCGUAGAGCUUUCCAGUGAGCAAAGACCAAUAGAAUACUCUUGGAGGGUGAACUCAACAGCUCUUACUCUCCAAGAGCCUGGAGAAGCAAAGGAAAGUUGCUUAGCCACUGCCUCUGGCUCUGUCGUUCUUUGAUCCAGUAUUAGCAGUCCUGAGAAAAGCUGCUUUUUUGAAUGCAUGUUUAGGAAUGACAAAGCUUUAUUUGUACUCUUUUGCUCAAUUGUUUCACAUAAACUCCCAACCUAAUGUGAACCCAGAGAAUAAUGCGUUUAUGCUGCAGUACUAACUGUCUCCUCUGAAAGGAUGGAACAGAUACACGUACAAUGCUGUUAAAUGUACAAUUUAAAAAUUUUGUGUUUUGACUAAGGACAGCAUUUUCUAUGUGAUUAAACUGGCAAGAGCGCCUCAAGCUAUUCUGAAGUCUUCUUAACUGUGAGUUGCAAAUAAAAGCACAAAAAUAGGAGCAAACCAGUGAAAAUUGUAUUUGAAAUUUGACAAACUUGGAAACAAUAAAAUGCUGCAUAAAAA